UGCCCGGAAAAGAGUGUGCUUGGCCUGCCUGCUGUUGGUUUCUGAACGUGUGUUGAUAUUACCUGUUAUUCAAGCUAUAUUUUAAAGGGUUCAGCCACGUUUCUUCUUUUCGGACAUUUUAAUUUGUGUACCAUGAUGUCUCAGGUUGUACCAGGGCAGUUUGAUGACGCGGACGAAACAGGGAGUGAGUCUGAAAUCAGCCACGUCCCUGACAAGCCUUCGCUGGAGAACCGACUCAAUGAAGUUACUUUACACGCUGAUAAACAAGACGAAAACGAGGAGGACUAUGAUUAUGAAGAGGAUGAUGAUGAAGAGGAUGAUUGGGAUUUGUAUGAAUCAGGAGGAGACUUCACCAAGCGCUACACUGCAAUGAGAACUGGGAAUACUCAGCAGGCUAAUCGUCAAAGUUCUCAUAACAAGUCCUUGAAAAUGUCCACUCCGUCAGACAAGGUCCUGAGAAAAUUUGAAAACAAAAUAAAUCUUGAUAAAUUGAGCUAUGCUGAUUCUGUAAUCAAUAAAGUCACUGUGAUGCAAAAACAGAGGGAAGCAGACACGUUUCGAGUAAAGGACAAGUCAGACAGAGCUACAGUUGAACAGGUUUUGGACCCCCGUACACGUAUGAUUCUAUUCAAGAUGCUGAGCAGAGGGGUCAUUUCAGAGAUCAAUGGCUGUAUUAGCACGGGCAAAGAGGCGAAUGUCUACCAUGCAACUAAUGCUAAAGGAGAAAGCAGAGCCAUCAAAAUUUACAAAACUUCAAUUUUACACUUCAAAGACAGAGAUAAAUAUGUCAGUGGGGAGUUCAGGUUCCGCCACGGCUAUUGCAAAGGCAAUCCUAGAAAAAUGGUACGCACUUGGGCGGAGAAGGAGAUGAGAAACUUGAUCAGACUACAGACAGCACAGAUUCCAAGUCCAGAGCCCAUCAUUUUGCGGAGCCACGUCCUCGUCAUGAGCUUUAUUGGUCAAGAUGAAAUGCCUGCCCCUCUGCUGAAGAAUGCUGUCCUGUCUGAAUCCAAAUCCCGGGAACUCUACCUACAAAUCAUCCAGAACAUGAGAAUAAUGUACCAUGAAGCACACCUGGUCCAUGCCGACCUUAGCGAAUUCAAUAUACUGUAUCAUAAUGGAGAAGCCUAUAUUAUCGAUGUUUCUCAGUCUGUUGAGCAUGAUCACCCUCAUGCAUUGGAGUUUCUUCGCAAAGAUUGCAACAAUGUCAAUGACUUCUUCCAGAAACAUAAUGUUGCUGUUAUGACUGUACGGGAGUUGUUUGAGUUUGUCACAGACCCCUCCAUCACAAGUGACAACAUUAAUGAAUACAUGGAUAAGGCAAUGGAGAUGACAUCUGAAAGAACUGCAGAGGAAAGAUCCAAUCAGGACCAAGUUGAUGAAGAGGUGUUUAAGAGAGCCUACAUUCCACGCACGCUUAAUGAAGUCACUCAUUACGAGAGGGAUGUGGACACCAUGUUGAAGAAAAAAGAGAAAAAGUCUUCUGAAGAUGCACAAAAUGACAACAUCCUAUACCAGACAGUAACUGGCCUUAGGAAGGACCUUUCAGGUGUGCAAAAGGUUCCCUCAAUACUGGAAGAUUCCACUAAGGAUGGGAGUUCAGAAUCUGAAGAAGAUGAUGAUGAUGAGGAAACUGAAUCAGAGGGGGAAGACACACAGGAGGGUGACAGCCAAAGUGAGGCAUCACCACAGGACAGAAAGGAAAGAAAAAAAUUGGUUAAAGACGCUCAGAGGGAGAAAAGAAAAACUAAGGUGCCAAAACAUGUGAAAAAGCGCAAGGAGAGGGUUUCCAAAAUGAAGAAAGGAAAAUGAAGACUUGUUUUUCUUUAUGUCGCUACG